GCCUUUCGUCCAGCUUUGACUUAAUGGACGUGUGAGCGACUCUGAAGCACGUCAACAAAUGGAUCUCGAUAUGUCGUUUUGCAGUAUCACAAGCUUGUAGCAAAAUCGUGCGGAUAAGGUCCAUAUCCGGCUGUUCUACGAAGUUCUCAGUAAUGUCUCCAUUCCUAUUUAUUUAUUGCCUAUUGCUUGCAUACCCUUAGCUCCCACCCACGGCACGUGUCGAGGAAAGACGAAGGAAGUCAAAACACAAACUCACGCGAAAAAACCAAAAGCAGGGCAGCGGGCAACCACGCAUAUUCGUGCGCUUCUAGACUCGUUACCAGACCAUGUCCUUACCAUAGCACCUUCCUACAGGACACUCUGAAAAUGGCAAAACAGGCAACUUUGUACAAACGGCUGGGUCCUGACAGACGAGAUUGAGAGCACGGACGCCAGAGUAGCUCGUCGAAUACCGCCAGGCGCGGAGACUGUUCCCAGUGUCGGGACAAACCUUGUUGGUUUCCCUGACAAUCAGGAUCCACGACACAGGCAGUAAGGGGUAAGGUAACGUGAGUGGAGUGCAUGUGUGACAGUAGAGAUGCAUCGUUAUGUUUGUGUAGGGAGUGUUUAAUGCACUUGCUUUCUUUUAUCUGACUGACUGAUCACUCACCCCUUGGAGGCUGAGACGUCAAUCGAACGUGGAGACGCAUAGAAGAUCAAAUAUUUGGAUCCCGGAAGCCUCUGGCAGGAUGAAACGAUAUCUGCCCGGUCGAAGUCGUACUGAAAGACCUGCUCAGUGUUUUCUACCCAACGACUCGGAUCUCCGUAGCUGGUUCCGCAUACUCUGGGUACUACGAAUUCCUGAAAAAGGAGAGAAAUACAAAUACAUCCGAAUGCAUCCGAUAUCCAGCACCCCUCCAUGCCCUACCUGGCAACAGCUUCCCUCCGCCCAACAUCCAUUGUUGAAGACGAUUAUGUUGCGGGUUGGCGACACGUCAUAUCUCGCCUCCUUGAUGGCACCCAGCAAAGUUGAACUGAAGCGAAUGUCAUUGAAGCUCCACUUGGCACUGUGGCUGCUGUAGAGGACGCGAUUAGCGUCAAACGGGUCCGCGCGAUAGUUGAAGGGACGGCCAUAACGGAACAGAAAAUCGCCUUUGGCCGUCGCUGCCUCGGCGGUGCUGAUGGAGUGGUCGAUUAUGUAGAUUUCGCUUGUGUGACUGAUGAGACAGAACAUAAGAGCAGUAAAAGGACAGCAUAGAAGAGACAAAGCGUGACGCUCUCACCGGGACGAUAUCAUGAUCUGGUCCAGCUCCUCGUUGUAGUCGAGUGAGUUCCAGUGAAGCCAGUCCACUGAAACUGAAAAGCUUAUGUCCCUCGCUGUCACGGGCGGGAUGUUGACAUCGAGUCUGUAGUAGUAGUCGUCUGGAUGGUCGCAGUAAGGAACUGACAUAACCAACAGCAGCAGGCACAGCAUCCAUUUCUCUAUGUCCAUGAAUGUGUGUGGGGGGUGUUUUACGUGUGUGUGCGUGUGUGUGGUGUACCGUAAUUGUCCUUUGUCCUAUCGAAGUCCUGGACCACAAGAGCGAUACAGAGACAAAGGGGGAAGCCACACACUUACCUGGAUAAGGUGGUCCCACAUUCUCCAACCUGCCAGUGCACGACAGAAUUUAAUGAUGGCAGACAGCAUGAUUUACACAUGUCGUGCAUCAUAUACUUACGCCACACUUCCUUUGCGGAGUUCUUGCCGACCGGCGUGACCUCAACGAUCUCCUCCGUCAGCAGAUACCCCGACUUGUUUUGGUUGUCUGGUAUGUCUCGUGCAGGAUCGCGGCCGGCCUGAAUGGCCUCAGCGUAGUCCUUGACGACCCACAGGAGGUACAAGAUGUUGCCGUUCGGCAGCCCAAUUGUCUCGUGGUGCUGAAUGGCAAUGCGUCCUCUCUCGAAUUUCGUGGUGUUAAAGUCCCACACGACCUGAGCCAUGUACACGCAUCCCUCACUCACUCAAAUCAUCCAUCGAUACAUCUUGCGUACGGUGCUGUCUUGAUCGAUGAGCUGGAGAAUCCCAGCGCGUCCGCCGUACGGAAACCACGGAUCAGCGCGGAGCCCGGGUCUAGUUGGAUCACUCGCACUUCGGAGGGCCAAACCAUUCCUCAAAAUGGAGGUCGCACCUGCCGCGGUGCCUCCGCUUUUCGUAUCAGUGAUGUUGUACGUCUUGGCGAUGCACAAAUUCGAGUCAUAGAGAUAUGCGACAUUGACGCCAUUGGGCGCCCACAGGGUCAGCUGGUCCAUAUGUCUCCCUCGCAUCUUGUCUAGAGGUCUGGUGUUCUCGAGGACCGAUAGUACUGAAACCCACACAGUCAGCCAUUUCAUGUGUGCCAGUCCCAUGACAUAUGCGGUCAUCUCUGUGCAUGACUGACCACCUGAUGAUGUGUUGGAGGUGAGGUUGCCCUGAUGCACGGAAGUAUCCACGUCAUCUGUGCCAUCGGCACGCGACGAAGUCACGUGUCGGCGCCUCGGCGCGUGCCGGCGGACGGUGUUGCCUUGGGAUACGGGCCCGGCCGAGGCGGAGCCUAUGAGAAGGGCGACGAGAACCACCAGAAUGGCAAUCAGUGGCGUCACGACAAGAAGCUGGCCCCGCACCGACAACACACGAAACAGACCACGGAAGGGACACAGAGAUGUGUGUGACGAAGGUGGUGCACCACUGAGUGCUUUCACCUGCAGCAGCGGUGCCGAUGACUUGUACGGAUCCUGGUGCUGCCUUGGGACGAGAUCUUCUGUGAGGAGGGAGCCGAUAGCCGAUUUUUUUGGUAAAUGUCUCUCUGGGAAUCUGUCGGGGCGAGUCGUCCCGUCAAACCGAGACGAGGACAGCCGAGCCCGGACUGACACGCUGCCCCGAAUGCACUUCGUCGUGUCUCCUUCAUGCCACGUCCCCCUUUCCCCCCCUCCCGGCGUAUCGCUACCGCUGGCUCUGUGUCUUCCUCUUCUGGCAGGUUCCCGCUUGGAUGGGUUUGGUGAGGUGCCGAUCGCCGUGGGUUUCAGAUAUAGUUGCCGACGUUGACAGGAUCCACUCAUAACUCAUAA